AGUAAACGACGGUCGAACCACCUAGUCGAUUUGAUUUAGCGAUUAGCCCUGGGUAAGUGCUUACCUCGUCGAUAACUACAUGGGUACUUACUAGAUUAACCCUAUAGUAAUCGAACGUCGAACCACCCAGUUAAUAAAUAUAUGCGCAUUAGCGCAUAAGUACAAAGUAACGGCAAGCAUCGCUUUUGUUUUUGUUAUUUUGUGGAAAGAGCAUACACAAGAUUAAAGACAAAACUUCGAUUAUGCUUUACAUCGCUGUUUGUUUACGCGUCUUCGGUGCACUGCUUACAAAAACAAUUGUCCAGAAAGAACAGUUUGUUUUAUUUUGUGCUACUCUUUCGCUUAAACGCAGCUGUGUUUGCUGGCUGACGAAAUUUUUGCAAGCAUUUGAGUUAAGAAGUGCAAAGCGGAUCAAUCGAUUAUUAGCCAAUGAAGUGGUCUGGGCGUAUAUUGUGGAUGGCGAUCAGGGGAAAGGUGCCCUAAGAAAAGAAGAAAAUUUUUUUGGCGUUAUAAUCGAUUCAAUAACUGCAGUCGGCGGUAUUGGCCCAGCUGAGGAACAAUUGAGAAAGGCCCUGCAGCUCCAAAAAAAGAGAUUUAAAAAACUCAAGCAGCCUAAAAAUUUUAAAAAAUUUUAA